GUUCGGCUUCAGAUGACAGGCGGAUGUUGUUAUGACCACUUCCGGGUGAGACCACUCGGGCGCCAUCUUGUCUUGUUCGGGAAGAAGUAGAAGCAGCGAAAGGGUUGGAGGUAUUAACAGGAACGGUGGCGGCAGCCGUAUUCCGGAAUCACAGUGAGGCAUAAGUAAUUUUGCUGCUAUGCUUCCAAGCUGUAGUCUGAAUCUGUCUAAAUUUUAAACAGAAGGUGAAUCUCUAAGAUAGAAAAUCAAAUAUAUUUUUAAAGUCAGGAUGUGGGAUCAAGGAGGACAGCCUUGGCAGCAAUGGCCAUUGAACCAGCAGCAGUGGAUGCAGUCAUUCCAGCACCAGCAGGAUCCAAGCCAGAUUGAUUGGGCUGCAUUGGCUCAAGCUUGGAUUGCCCAAAGAGAAGCUUCAGGACAGCAAAGCAUGGUAGAACAACCACCAGGAAUGAUGCCAAAUGGACAAGAUAUGUCGACAAUGGAAUCUGGUCCAAACAAUCAUGGGAAUUUUCAAGGGGAUUCAAACUUCAACAGGAUGUGGCAACCAGAAUGGGGAAUGCAUCAGCAACCCCCACAUCCCCCUCCAGAUCAGCCAUGGAUGCCACCAACACCAGGCCCAAUGGACAUUGUUCCUCCUUCCGAAGACAGCAACAGUCAGGACAGUGGGGAAUUUGCCCCUGACAACAGGCAUAUAUUUAACCAGAACAAUCACAACUUUGGUGGACCACCCGAUAAUUUUGCAGUGGGCCCAGUGAACCAGUUUGACUAUCAGCAUGGGGCUGCUUUUGGUCCACCGCAAGGUGGAUUUCAUCCUCCUUAUUGGCAACCAGGACCUCCAGGACCUCCAGCACCUCCCCAGAAUCGAAGAGAAAGGCCAUCAUCAUUCAGGGAUCGGCAGCGUUCACCUAUUACACUUCCUGUGAAGCAGGAGCCUCCACAAAUUGAUGCAGUAAAACGCAGGACUCUUCCAGCUUGGAUUCGGGAAGGUCUUGAAAAAAUGGAACGUGAAAAGCAAAAGAAGUUGGAGAAAGAAAGAAUGGAACAACAGCGUUCACAGUUGUCCAAAAAAGAAAAGAAGACUACAGAAGAUGCCGAAGGAGGUGAUGGCCCUCGUUUACCUCAGAGAAGUAAAUUUGAUAGUGAUGAGGAAGAUGAAGAUACUGAAAAUGUUGAGGCUGCAAGCAGUGGAAAAGUCACCAGAAGUCCAUCUCCAGUUCCUCAAGAAGAGCAAAGUGAACCAGAGAUGACUGAAGAAGAGAAAGAGUAUCAAAUGAUGUUACUGACAAAAAUGCUUUUGACUGAAAUUCUACUGGAUGUCACAGAUGAAGAAAUUUAUUAUGUAGCCAAAGAUGCACACCGGAAAGCAACAAAAGGUGGACUGGGAGGUUAUGGAUCAGGAGACAGUGAAGAUGAAAGGAGUGACAGAGGCUCUGAGUCAUCUGACACUGACGAUGAGGAAUUACGGCACCGAAUCCGGCAAAAACAGGAAGCUUUUUGGAGAAAAGAAAAAGAACAGCAGCUAUUACAUGAUAAACAGAUGGAAGAAGAAAAGCAACAAGCUGAAAGGGUUACAAAAGAGAUGAAUGAAUUUAUACACAAAGAGCAAAAUAGUUUAUCAUUACUAGAAGCAAGAGAAACAGACGGUGACGUGGUUAAUGAAAAGAAAAGAACUCCAAAUGAAACUACAUCAGUUUUAGAACCAAAAAAAGAUCAUAAAGAAAAAGAGAAACAAGGAAGGAGCCGAUCAGAAAGUUCUAGUAGUGGUAGUUCUAGUAGCAAUAGCAGGACUAGUAGUACUAGUAGUACUGUCUCUAGUUCUUCAUACAGUUCUAGCUCAGGUAGUAGUCGCACAUCUUCUCGAUCUUCUUCUCCUAAAAGGAAAAAGAGACACAGUAGGAGUAGAUCUCCAACAGUUAAAGCUAGACGUAGUAGGAGUAGAAGUUACCCUCGCAGAAUUAAAAUAGACAGCAAUAGGGCUAGGAUAAAGAUUAGAGAUAGGAGAAGAUCUAAUAGAAAUAGCAUUGAAAGAGAAAGACGAAGAAAUCGGAGUCCUUCCCGAGAGAGACGUAGAAGUAGAAGUCGCUCAAGGGAUAGGCGAACCAAUCGGUCCAGUCGCAGUAGGAGUCGAGAUAGACGUAAAAUUGAUGACCAACGUGGAAAUCUUAGUGGGAGCAGUCAUAAACAUAAAGGUGAGGCUAAAGAACAAGAGAGGAAAAAAGAGAGAAGUCGAAGUAUAGAUAAAGAUAGGAAAAAGAAAGACAAAGAAAGAGAGCGUGAACAGGAUAAAAGAAAAGAGAAACAAAAAAGGGAAGAAAAAGAUUUUAAGUUCAGUGGUCAGGAUGAUAGGUUAAAAAGGAAACGAGAAAGUGAAAGAACAUUCUCUAGAAGUGGUUCUAUAUCUGUUAAAAUCAUCAGACAUGAUUCUAGACAGGAUAGUAAGAAAAGUACUACCAAAGAUAGUAAAAAACAUUCAGGCUCUGAUUCUAGUGGAAGGAGCAGUUCUGAAUCUCCAGGAAGUAGCAAAGAAAAGAAGGCUAAGAAGCCUAAACAUAGUCGAUCGCGAUCCAUGGAGAAAUCUCAAAGGUCUGGUAAGAAGGCAAGCCGCAAACACAAGUCUAAGUCCCGAUCAAGGUAGUAUACUUUUUAAAGUAUUUUGUCUGAUUUUUUUAAAAAUUUGACUGAAUUUAUUCAAAGUUGAAAGUGUCCUUUCUCUCUCUCUUUAAUAAACUCAGAUUGGUACUUGAUAAAUGAUCAUAGUCUUAAAUAAUUUUAGAAAUAUAAUAUUAGUUAUUUAAAAAUUAGAUUCUUUAGUUUAAAAUACAUUUUUAUUUUUAAAUUUUGUCUUUCCCUUUUUUUUUUCUUUUCAGAUCAACAACCCCUCUUCGUCGCAAACGCUGAGGAAUGAUGUGGCAAGAAUGCCAUGAUGUUUAAAAAAUUCCAUGAGUUUUAAGGGCUUGUCUCAUUAUAGAGGCACAUUGUGGCUGUGUAGGUGAAACCAGAAUUUUUUUUUUUUUUAAUCUGUAAAUAGGUAUACUUUUUCCAAAUGCUGCUCCGUUAAUAGGAUUUCUUUGUAUUACUUUUUUUUUCUUUUCCAAAAAAUAGUGCACAAUAAGACUAUAAACAUGCCAUUCUCUUUCAGCUGUAAUAUUCUUAAAAUUAUUCUUGAAUGUACUGUGAUGUCAAUAAAGCUCUUUAGUUCAUUUUUGUUAA